AUGGAUAGCCUCUCUACCAAGGUAGAACGGGUUUUCUACUCAACAUCAACAUCAUCUUCACCAUCACUACUAUUACGCAUCAUGGAUCAAUCACAGGAAAUCGCCUUUUACUACAGACAACCCCCAGGAAAUAUUCAAGCGACCUGGAACGAUAUCUACAAUCCAUUCUUAAAUCUCUACCCUUACCCUCACAGUAGCCCUGUCGAUACCGGGAAACAAGACGAGGGCUGGUUCACGGCUGCGUCCAACGUCCCUAUAUUCCGCCUGGAACCCGCCUGCACCGAGAUUCGGCUGCGGAAAUCCGACCACUUACAGUUCUACUUCUGGACAGCACUCGAGAGGACAAACCGGCUCAAACGCAAAGACAUCUGGUUUUACGGCGAUAUGUGCGACAGGGACCCGUGUCAUGCGGAGCUGGAGCAGAUGUUUAUGCACUUGUGGUGGUCCCAGGCCGUGAACCUUGCCCUGAGAAGGUUCCCGAAUAGCGACGUGGUUUUACCUCUGACGGCCAAGUAUUAUCGAAAGAUAUAUGGAGAUAAGGCGAUGGAGUGGCCGGUUAUCAACAACGAGACCGAGGAAGUGGGUGUGAUGGAGGAGGAGGCUCCAGGUGUGAAGAAGGAGGAGAGUUCAUGA